ACCAGCGAACAAGCCAAAAGAUGAUGAAUUUUACGGAUCCACACACAAACCCUCAAAUCAUACCUGCUCAGCUUUUCUUCAUUUAGGGGAAAGAACGGUUCUGACAUGAGAGGACAUCUGACUUCUCAGGCUCUGAUGUCUCUCUGACACUCUGGAUCAAUGCAUUUGUAUUGAACACAUCGGAUACAGCUUCCUCAGUGAGCAGAUGGUACACACUUCCAAAUUACAAGGGAAAUUUAUACCAACUCUCAUCUUUGAGAUUCCACCAACAAGCUGAGCCAGUAACUUCCAUAUGAACUCACUCAUACACACCUUUCCCGGGAUGAUGAUGUGCUCUCGUUUGCGUCCCCCAUUCCCUCGCCUCUUUUCGCUGAGGCUGCUGGGUACUACUGUCUCCAGGACAGUGGGGGUCAGGAACCCCAACCGUCUCUCAGCAACUCUGGCCUUUGAGGAUCCCAGUGCCUUCAGGGUGAAGAGUUUGUAUGAGCUGCUCCGGGCACUGAGCGUCUUCCGCCUCUGCUCUUUUCCUGUGCUGGUUAAUAACUGUGGAAAGCUAAUGUCGAUAGCACGCACCCUCCUGGGGAGGAGGGGGUUUUCCCUGCUGUUGCGGCCCACUGUGUAUGCCCAGUUUGUGGCUGGAGAGAAUGAGAGUGAGAUCUCUCAAUCCAUGGAGAAGAUGAGUUUGCUGGGAAUGAGGCCCAUGCUGGCAGUACCCAUUGAGGAGGAUCUGGGAGAAAGCAUCGGAGAGAAGAGAUAUGACGACAACAUGGAGGCCAUGUUGGAAUGCGUGCGAAUGUCCCACAGCAACGCCUGGAGCAAAGACCCAAUGAUGCAGCUGAAGAUCACAGCUCUGCUCAGCCCCGAGCUGUGUGUGAAACUCACAAAACUCAUCGCACAACAACCAUGUGACCUGGAUCUCCUUGUCAGAGCUAUGGAUGGAGAGGCAAUCAGCUUCCCUGGUUUAGAUGAAAGUGAAGUUACCCAUUUCCUCUACGGCCUGCGGAGACUCAACAGAAUAGCAGAGGCAAGUGUAAACAAAGUCCGAGUCCUGGUUGAUGCUGAGUACACCUACAUGAACCCUGCUCUUACUCUUGUUACCAUGGCGAUGAUGAAAAAGUUCAACAAAGAUGGUGCUUGGAUUUGGAACACAUAUCAAUGUUACCUGAAGGAGUCCAGAUCUCUCCUGUUAGAAGCUCUGCAUCUUUCCAAUAAUGAGGAUUUCUGUCUGGGAGUGAAGCUGGUACGAGGAGCCUACAUGGACAAGGAGAGGAAGGUGGCUGAGAAAGAGGAUCGCCUGGACCCCAUCCACCGGUGCUGGGAGGACACGAAUGACAGUUAUAACGGCUCGUUGGACGUGAUGCUGGAAGCCAUAUCCCAGAAACCUGAGCGCUACAGGAUCAUAAUAGCCUCUCACAAUGAGGAGUCGGUGAGACGAGCCGCCAAACGGAUGGAAGAGUUGGGGAUAGACAGAGAUGGAGGCUCAGUGUGUUUCGGCCAGCUGCUGGGCAUGUGUGAUCACGUCUCCCUGACACUGGCUAAGGAGGGUUAUGCUGUAUACAAGUCAGUGCCGUAUGGCACAGUGGACAACACACUUCCAUACCUUGUGCGUCGGGCUCAGGAGAAUCGCACAGUGCUGCAGGGAAUCCGCAAAGAGAGGGACCUACUGAGACAAGAGCUCUACAGGAGAAUGAGACUGAAGGGACGCAGCUCGUAGACCACCAGCACAGAGGGAAAACAGAUGUGGGUUACUCUGCUGCUGAACCUCUGAACACACUUAGAAUAAAGGAUUGCAGUCAUGAAAUGGUGAAUUCACAUGAGAAGAGUUGAGAAUGAAAGAAAAGUUAAAAUCCAUGUACACAUACAUAUUUCUUGACUUAGUUAAGUUUGUAAUACUCAAAGAGGACAGUCAUAACCUACUUUAUACUGAUACAUUAAAGUGGAUGUAAAUUAAAAAUGAGAAUUGUAGUACUUAAGGUUCUGAUCUAAAUUGCUGUGUAUGGUAAAUAUAGUAAAUAUGGUGAUUUAGAGACGACUGAGAAAGUGCAACAUUUUAAGUUAGAUGGACAAAUAGUAAAAGAGCACAUUUCAAAUACAUGUAAUAUUGCUGCCGUACAUUAAAACUGACAUUUCUUUUUUGUUUUUUAAGUUUUAUAGUAAUAAAAUACAUCU